GUGUGAUCCUGUUGGAAAGAUAGAAAAAUGGCAAAGCUUGGUGUAUCUAAAACAUUAAGUGCAAACAUCAGGUGUAGAUGUACAUACUAAUCCAAAGUCUUUAAAAUAUUGAUAAGACCAAACCAAUCAUGAUUAUUUCAGGCUGACUAAAUAGUCAUCAGAUGUCAAACUCAACUUUAUUGAAUUUUCUAUUACCUGUCAUGCGAGAGUCAGUGCGUUCAAAAAUUCAUUGCACACGACAUAUCAGUGAAUACAUAUCAAUUAAUCUAUUCCACCAUAAAUUCUAAUAAACAAUACUAUUACACAGAACUACACGAGAAAAAGGCUCCAGAAAAACACCUUAAUUGCACUCUGUUUUCAAUUUGGACAUUCAAAACUGUAACAGUUAAACAUUCAUGACGAGCACAAUCAAAACGGCGUGCUACGUCGUUCCGCAAACUGGCAACUACGUGGUAUUCGGUGGAUCAUCACAUGAUGUGAACCAUAUUCGAACGCGGACCAUUUAGGAAAAUAAAUAUAAUACCAAACGCAAAUCGUGUAUGUCGUAUCGAGCCCAUUGAUAAGUUAACUCACCUGACAAUUCUUAGUGCUUUUACUUCUAUGCAGCGAUUAACAAAAGCACUAACAUUUUACUACUCUGCAGUAACCACACCGGAAAAAUACUACAUUUUAUCCUCCGAUGAGAUUUACGAAGUUCGCGACUCAAAUGCACCGUAUGUAACUGGAUUUUCGUUCCCCUUAGUCGAACCGGAGGAAGUCGAGAGACUCGAGAAUUCGGUCUCUCAAAACGAUCGCAUCCGCGAGGAAUAUGUAAACUUUUUGACUCGCAAGAAACCUGCUGGAAUGUCGAUAGUUCAAUUUCUUCCAAUGGUUUUCUCGGACGAAGCUCUGGAUGGAUAUAAUUACAACGGAUCUAAUGCGCUCGGAAAAUGCAAAUUGCCCAUGAAAGGGUAUGACAUAUUUUCGCACUGCUUUAUUGACAUUGAAUUUACCUGCGAUGAUUCUGUCACAUAGCUGAAGCGAGAUUUUUAUGUUUUGACCGGUCCUGGCCAAAAAUGAGACCCCCUCCCCACAAAAAGGGGAGAAUCAUGUGAAGACAAGCUGUUAUUGUAUCUUUUAGUGUUGCUUACACUCUUGAUGUUACAUUAAAGAGAUUUCAAAUAAGGUAAUUUAACGUCGUUAUAAACCUAUUUUAGUAUUGUAGGGGAAAACGACAUGUUUCUGACAUUUUACGUAGAUCAGACACCUGCCAAACGAUUUCUAAGACUUUUUUCUCAAUAUAAGACAU